AUGAGCAGCCGUGACGGGAAAUGGCGACGCGUACAGGAUGCACAGGGACGUUAUUUUUACGUAAACCACGUAACCCGUGAGACUUCAUGGCACUUACCAACGGAAGACCCAUUACCAAAAGGCUGGGAAGAGCUUAUUGAUGGUCAAGGUCGUAUCUAUUUUGUCGAUCAUAAUACACGUACAACGACAUGGAUGGAUCCACGGGUGGUGGCUGCUAGACGUCGGAGUAGAGCUCAAUCCGUGCUGUCAUCUCGAUCUGGAUCAAGGAAUAAACAUGGUGCUUCUUUAACGACUACUACUACUGCUGGUACUACUGCUGCUACUGCUGGUGGUGGUACUGGUUCAAGUUUAGUGGCAACUAGAGAAUGUUUACCAAUGUAUGAGGAUACAAGACAAGCUUCUAGAAGCAGUGCUAGUGAUAGCGACAUUGUUAGCAACGGAUAUGCACACACAGAAGACCGAAAUAGUGAGGAGAGUUUAUUGGUCGGAUCGUUAUCUUCUAUUGAAGGAGGGACGAGUGAUGAGACUAUUCAAAUGAGUACAUCAAUAUUGCUCGAGAGAUACCGGGAUGAAACUAAUUUGGCGGAUACAGCGGUGAUGCAGACCACUGCGUCAACGUCUUUGCAUGAUGAUGCAGAUGAGGAGUGGUUUACAGCAAAAUCAGACGAUCUGUCCCCAAAGCGGACGAAUGCAAGCAGAUUGGAUGAGUUUCAAAAGAAGACAAGCCAUGAUGCAGACAUGAAUGAGGUUGUCAUGGUACCGACCGAAAUAACGGAUACAAAGAAGGAAGAGUCGUCUGUAGAUGCACACCAGAAGAAUGUUGCACAUCCAUCAGCAGUGGAUAAGGAGUUGGAAAUGGCCAAGAAGAAAAGUGAUGUGCAGCCACAAUUGGACAUGUCAAACAACUUGGGCGUGCGAGGUAGCAGCUUGAACACUGGCGAUCUCCCGAUGGUAUUGCACCGCUAUUUUGCACCGAUCUUUGUGCGAGACGAUGACUCACCGGCAUGCGGGCAAUGCGGCGUGCGCUUUGGUACCUUCCGUCGCCGUCACCAUUGUCGUCUAUGUGGCAACGUGCAUUGUGCCGACUGCUCGACAAACAAGGUGAAGCUUCCAAUUGAGGCUCCUACAUACGAGAAGGAGCAACCAGUCUGCACGAGGUGCUUUCGAAACGUGAAAGCUGGUGAUUAUAUUAGUAUUGUGGGGCUGCGCCACAAGGUAGACGACCCUACCUCAACUGUCGAUGACAAAGUGGAACAGAUUUUGCAACUUGCCAUGACGCUGUCUACUGGACGACCAGAGACUGACGGAAAGAUGGGACUGCACCGCGUCGCACAGCUCAACGAUGUAGAUGCAGCUGGAGGUGUAGCAUCUUUUUGUCAGUUGCUAAAUACUGAUGUGGAUCUUGUGCAGCAAGCUGCUCUGGAGAUGCUGGCGAAUCUUGUUGAGCUUGAAAACAGCGCUGGCAACGAGCUUUCCACCGGUGAGGCUUUUGCACAGUCGGGAGCGUGCGCACAAGUGGUGAAAAUAUUGGAGAAUUGGGGAAUGGAGCAGCAGCUGGGUCACAGUCCUGGCCCGGAGGCGGAAAGCAUGGCCCUGCGUCUUGUUUACGACAUUUGUCAGUCGACUGCAUGCCAGGCUUCUCUACGCACGGCGGGUGGAGGCACACAUUUGCUUAAGCUUCUAUCUGUUGACUCGUCGUCGUCGUUAAAAAUGCGAGUGCAAGCUGCGCGUUGUCUAAACCGUUUUGUGCAGAAAAAUGCUGAGAACAUUACCGAAAUGAUUCAGAAUAAGGGCAUAGCUUUGUUGUGUACUGUGCUGAAAGAUUUUAUCAAGCUGCGCAGAGAUGGUAGCCUAGGCACUAGCGGUAUUGACGUGCGCGACGAGUCGUACGAAGUUGCCAUUGAGGCUAUAUUAAGCACGAUUUGCGAAUGUAUUCACUUUGUGGAUAAUGGAGCUUCACAGGUGCAACGCGGCGUACAGCAGAUUCCUGCAGACAGCAUCCACUCAUUUGUGACUGCUCUGCAAAAGGGCGGGCGCGUAAACCGCAUGUUAGCGUCGCAAGUUUUGAUUCAGGUAUCAAAGGAGCCAUCGUUGAUUACUUUUCUGGCAGAGGAAAAAGUAUUCAUCAAAGAAGUUAUGUGGAUGCUGGACAGCGACGACGACUUCACGAUCGCGUCAGAGAUUCUAUGUGGUCUCUGCUCGACGAUGCCGAAGCAAUCUUCGAACAAUGCUGUUUCCGGUCAAAAAGCUGAUGAUGUACACAAGCAGGUGCUUAAGGUCAUUUACGACCUGGAAGUGUUUAAUUUGGUGCUGAAGAAGCUAAACGCGUGCGUCACUGGUGAGAAGCAGCUCGUGGGUGAGAUUACGUUCCAAAGGAAUUUGCUAAGCAUUACGAUGAGUUAUAGCGCCGAUUCGGCAGCGUAUGUGGACUACAUUUGCUCGCAUGACUGCGUGCCUACGCUCUCCGCCUUCUUGCUUUCGCGCAAGGAACGUCUGAUUCCAUUAUGUGCGCAGACCUUGAUGAACCUUUGCGAGUUCAAUCCUAGCAUCUUUGAUGAGCUCUAUGAUCGAAACGUGUCAGGCUUUUUCCAUCGACUGCUGCAGACGCCUCCUGACGAAAACAGAUUGUCAGCGCUUCGUUACUUCCGAGCGCUGGCUGAAAACAAGCGUCCAUUCUCGGUUGGUGUGCUUGAUACGCUCUUCCUCAUGGCGUCUGGACGAGAUGAGGUACUAAAGGCAGACAGUUUGGAUGUGCUUGCUCGAUUGAGCGGUGUAAAGUCUAUUGCUGCGGUGUUAGAUCCGCUGGAGGUUCCCUCUACCCCCGAUAUUGGUGAAAUGGUCCAAAAUCUUCAGCAGCGUGUUGUGAGCGUGGCGUAUUUCCCUGUUUUAAUGACCAUCGCGUGCUCAUCAGGGGAUAGUGAUAUGCGUGGUAACUCUAUCAAAUGUCUUAGCUGUGCUGUUGGUGGCGGUGAGGAAUUUGUUACACGUAUGCUUGACCAAGAAAUGCUUCGUGCGUUUUGGAUGGGAUUGCGUCGGUGGAUGGAUGUACCGGCAGACAAACUCACUCCUGUAGAGAUGCAACUGAACAAGGCACUCUUACAGCUCUUGUAUCUUGUACUGAAAAUGGCGUCCUCGCGCAUUGCUUCCAUGGGAGAGGACCAGAUAACGAAUCUUGUGACUGUCGUGACGGAAUUUAUUGUUUCCCAGCCCAGCCGACUUGUCAUGGGUAUUCGUAUCAUCCGUCUUCUCAUUGCACAUUCUAGCUGGAAAGACUCGUUUGUGGCGUUGUAUGCGGUGGAAUCGACCACGACUGGUUUGAAGUUUUUGCAAGCUCUUGUGAGUGGCAUUAAAGCAUCCAGUGGGGCAGCAAAAGAAGAUCGUGCUAAUGCAGUCUUUGAUGAUUGCGUUGCCGUUCUGAAAGAGCUGAUUAAAGACCCACAAGAACUCGAGGAAGAUGAUGAACAAGAAUGCGUAGCACUGGCGAACGAUGCUAUUGUCAAUUUGGUCAUUGGUGCUGGCAUUCACAUUUCUUUGCUUGAGCUGCUUCGGGGUCAUGCUGUCCGGAAGGGUACAAGUAAGACUGAAGGAGAUGCAGAGGUGGAGGAUGAAGAGAAAACCGAGAAAAACCGAGAGUAUGCCAUGACCCGUGCACUAGAGCUUUUGGGUCUGUUGGCAAGUUCAAGUCGAAUUCGACUACUCAUUCUGGAGGCAGGUGAUGCAUUGGAUGGCUUAGUGGCCGCAUAUGAGGCUACAACAGAAGAUUAUGAAGGCUCAUCACCCGCUGGGCAGCUAAUUGCUAAGGACCUCGGGCGUAUUUUUAUUCUCUUGUCUAGUGAUCCGUUGGAGUUUCGCAAGACGUUGUAUGACCACCGUGCAGUUUUGCCUCAAGCAAUUUUGAGCAACGUACUUUCCUCCGUCGAUGAUGUUGCUGAAACGGCGGAAGAAAUUGUGCUCAAUCUUGUUGAGUCUGAUUUUGCAACUUGUCCAAUGUGGCUUAAUCUGAUUGAAAGCGCUAACGUACGAUUGGUGUUUCGUAUAGUGGUGAUGUCAAAGCGACCUCCAGUCCAGGUCACUGCGGCUCGCAAGCUUAUUGAUAUCGUGUUUUCACACCCCGACAUCCUCGAUGAUGAAAAGUUUGGCUUGUCGAUAGAAGAGAAAAGCACGUUGGUGUCAAUAUUGAUUUGUUUCUUUGUAGACUUUGACCCGCGUACAUCUGUUGUUGGUGUUCUUGCUCUGACGCUGCUCCUGAAAAAUGGCCAAAUCUUUGAUGCAGACCAGAUGAAGAGGAUUGCUGUAGAAGGCGCAGCAUCUGUAGUUUACUGGAUGCAAAAGGGAACAGAACGGCACCAAGAGAAUGCUGUAAAACUCCUGCACGACGGCGUCAGCGAUCCAGCCAUCAUGAACAAGUUCUACGAACAAUUGCAAGCCUCUUCGGUCCAACGCGAUACUGCGUUCUUGUUGGAGUUGGGACAGCAAUUGCUUGAUGUUGACAUUAAGACGAACCCAGAGGGGCUGUUCAAGCGUUGCACAUUGCUGCAAGGGCUUCUUAAGGUCACUGAUUUAGAUGCGUUGCCGAGUGAUUGUAUGGAGAUUACAGAGGAAGUGUCUGCUUAUUUGCUGGAUUUGGCGGAAGAAGAAAGCAAAGAAUUUGAGCACGCGAAGGAGGAUCCAGAAAAAACGAAGCUUAGGGAGAAAUUUUUGCUAGUUAUCACUCGUUUUCUUGCAGUGUUGGUUCAGUCACUGACAUUUCGAUCUACGCUUGUGCAUCAAGAUGCAAUUGAAAAGCUAGCGUCUGUGUUAAAUGAGCAAAAAAAGACAGUGGAACCGUUUAUUGAAGUGGUAGAUCAAACGCGGCAUCUACUGAAACAGCUUUGUGUGCACGAAGUACCUCGGCUUGUUGCUUGCAAUGGUGUCGAUAUUCUACUAGAGACUGUUUUAAAGCAUGACGACAAUGAUUGUGAGGAAGGCUCGGAGCGUGUUGCCGAAAUGCUGGAGACUUUUAACGCCAUUGUGGAGUGUGGGGCCAUUGGAAAAAAAACUUUGAUGGAGACGGAAAAUUUUCUUCCAAACUUGGUGCGCGGCUUCGAACUAGUGUGUGGUGCAUUAGGCGAGGAUCAAGCUGCAUUGACUACAAAACUGCUUGGUUCUGAUUCUGACGGCUGGAACAUGGACUUAGAAGUUGCAUGUGGUCUCUGCCUGUUGGUAUUCCUGCUUGCCCGUGGAAGCGCUUAUCGUGAACGGGUGUUUCAGGAGUCUUUACUUUUGAAGCACAUUGUGAGAAUAAUGGAUUGGUUUCCAUCCAUCUUUUUAACCAGUGAAGACCUUGUCACUUCAGAGCUCAGGGCAAAGUUUUGCUUGACCUUUGUUUCUGGACUUCCCUUUUUGGAAGCAGCUGUCGUGUCUACAGAAGGAUCCUUGAUAGAAACAGAGGACAAGCAUGUGUUUUUCAGAAGCACAAUGAGCGUAUAUACCAAGGCGCUAACAACUUUUGUUGAUGGCCACAAAUCGUCCGAUGUGUUUCUUGCUUCAUGCGAAGGAUUAAAAAGUUUAUGCCAUAGUGACAGUGCAUUAGCUGUAUUGGGUAAUGACGUGCUGAAAGAUUUCGAGACUCGACUGAGGGAACUUGUGUUCCCUUCGCUACAGAUUAGCGUGUACUCGAUGGAGUGUGUGGUAGCUCUGCUGGAAGUUGCAGUUGGUGUGGUUCCCCUUGUCCAGUCGGUGGAACAUGAUCAGUCAACGGAACAGGAGCCGGCGCGAAGCGAAUGGCUCGUGACAGGUUUGCUGCACGUACUUUUUCACUGGGAAUCGUUUGAAGACGACCUGGAUGUGUCAAUACUGUUUACACUACUGCGUCGAUUUUGCGCAUCUUCAAAAAUUCGCAACUUCUUGUACGAGCACGUGGGUUACGGCAAGUUGGUGGAAAUCUUGGUUAGUUUUUCCCAAGAUAGCAAAUGGCGACGAUGGCGCAAGUAUGCGUUGAGCAUGUUGAGAUUGCUUGGGGAAGAGGGUGCGCUAGAACAGGCGAACCAGAUAGGAAUCUUAGAUCCCGAGCAGGCCUUGUCAACUAGCUCACAUUGUGAUAGCACUACAUGCGCUACUCGUUGCUUUCACUGCCGUCAAGUAGUAUAUACUCCUAUGCAAGCCAAUCUGUGCGUUGUGCCUUGCUCUUAUUGCCAGAAGCCAGUUGCGGUCGCGUCCGAUAGCCGCCCUUCGACAGCUGAUCCCACACUUUUUUCUGUUGUGGACGAUGGCAAUGCUACCAACGAUAGAGCCUUCUACAGACUUUCCUCUACUGAGGAUCACGAUUUUGUGUGCGUCAACUGCAACAACGUACUAGAACUUCCCGACGGUCUUAGCCCUUCGGAGAUUGUGUGCCCCCAUUGCCUUCAGCUUGCCUCUGUGAAGAAGACAAACCAAUCUGUAGUUCCAGGGUUUAGCAGUGAGAAGAAAAAAUCGUCGGUGCGGUCAAUGGAAUCCGGAACAAGUCUGCGUAAGGAUCCCUCACUAUCUGGUAUCAAUGUCCGGGACACUAAAGUUGUGAGUUGUGGUCACUGCAACAAACACUUGAUCGUGAAGAAUGGCGCGUCUGCCGUCAAAUGUCCGUCGUGUCAUGGCGUGUCCAAGUUAUCAACUACAACAACCCAAGAAAUGAUGCGAUGCAAGAACUGUAAUACUCUCCUAAGCCUGCCCGCGGGUGCCAGAGCGUACAAAUGUAUGAAGUGUCUGCAGACUACUCGACUAUCGUAG